GCUGUGAGGAUUGAAAUGGAAGUUAAAAUAUUUUUGAGUUUGCUAGCCAGCUGUUGCUUGGCUGUUGUCAAUGCAGAGUUAGAAGGUUCCAAGAUCUUUGAUGUCACACCCUCAAAUGUUUUCCAACAACAAAUCCUUGAGAAACUGGCUCAAAGUGGGAUCUAUGACUUCUUCCUUCUUCCAAGAGCUUUGAAUAUCACAUCCCGUGUUAUGGUUAAUCCUAAGGAUCAACUUGAUUUCGACAGAGUUUUAACUAAAAAUUCUAUUAAUUUCAAAAUUGUGAACGAAGAUGUGUCAAAAUCUAUCAAUCUUGAACGCUCUCAACAAAACAUCAUGUCUCGUGCAAUUAACCGUGGAAUCUCUUUCCGAAGCUUUGAAAGAUUCGAAAAAAUAAACGCUUACCUCGAAGAAUUGGCAGCAAGGUUCCCUGACCGUGUAAAGGUUACUUUGAUUGGAAAAACUUAUGAAGGAAGACUAAUGAAGACUAUUACAAUUAGCAAUGGUGACAAGAGGGCGAAUAAGAAGGUUAUUUGGGUGGAUGGUGGUAUUCAUGCUCGAGAAUGGAUUGCUCCAGCUGCAGCUUUGUAUGUUAUCAACCAACUUGUUGAGAACUUUGCAGCCAAUAAGGACCUUUUGGCAACAUAUGAUUGGGUUGUUUUGCCAGUAGCUAAUCCUGAUGGUUAUGAAUAUACCCAUACUACGUCACGUAUGUGGAGAAAAACCCGAAAACCAUCAGGUAAUUCUUGUUAUGGUACCGAUCCCAACAGGAACUUUGGCUUCCAUUGGGGUGAGCUUGGUGCUUCAAAUUUACCAUGCGACGAUACAUUCAGGGGGCCAACGGCAUUCUCUGAGCCAGAAACUCAAAUUAUGAGGAAUGAAUUGUUGAAAUUGAAUGGACGUGCCAAGUUUUAUUUAACCAUUCACGCUUAUGGUAAUUACUUGUUGUAUCCAUGGGGUUGGACUUCGGGUCUUCCAUCAAAUGUUGCUGAUAUUGAUGAAGUUGCUAGAGCUGGAGCUAAGGCUAUCAAAAUGGCAACUGGAACUAGAUACACUGUAGGAUCAUCUACAAAUGUUUUGUAUGAGGCCAGUGGUGGUAGUGAUGAUUGGGCUUUAGGUGUUGCUGGAAUCCCUAUUUCUAUUACAAUGGAAUUGCCAGCUGGUGGUUCCGGUUUUAAUCCUUCUCCACAAUAUAUUGAUCCAUUUGUAUCAGAAGCAUGGAUUGGUAUUAAGGCUAUGGCACAAAGGGUCAUUUCCAAGUAUUAAAUAUAUGUAAAAAAAAAAAUGAUAAA